UCCAAACAAAAAGACAAAAACAUUUUUCUUAUUUAUUUCAUUCCACCCAUUACUCACAUUCCUUCUGCUACAGACUCUACACCAAAAAUUAAAAAAAAAAAAAAAAAAAAAUAGAAUCAAGAAACAAUGAGGCCAAUUUUCUUGAUUUUGCUGAUAAUUUGCAGUGUUUUCCGACCAACCUUGCAGCAAAAACAGCCCAUCAAGAACGUCGUCGUUUUGGUGCUGGAGAACAGAUCAUUCGACCACAUGCUCGGCUGGAUGAAGAAAUCCGUCAACCCAUCAAUUAACGGCGUCACCGGCAAAGAAUGCAACUCCGUCGCAUCACCGAAAUCCGACACCAAACCCGAAACAACAAUCUGCUUCUCCGACGACGCCGAGUACGUGGAUCCGGACCCGGGCCACUCGUUCGAGGCAGUCGAGCAGCAAGUAUUCGGAUCCGCGUUAUCCGCAUCCGCAUCCGAACCCAAAUCCAUCCCAUCAAUGUCGGGCUUCGUGGAGCAAGCACUCAGCAUGUCGGAAAACCUCUCCGCCACCGUAAUGAAAGGGUUCCGGCCCGAAAACGUGCCCAUAUUCGCUUCCCUGGUAACCGAAUUCGCCGUGUUCGACAGAUGGUUCUGCUCGAUACCGGGCCCCACACAACCCAACCGCCUCUUCGUCUACUCGGCCACUUCCCACGGGUCGACGAGCCACGUCAAGAUCCAGCUAGCCAAAGGGUACCCGCAGAAAACCAUAUUCGACUCCCUCCACGAAAACAACCUCGACUUCGGAAUAUACUUCCAGAAUAUUCCAACCACCCUCUUCUACCGAAACCUCCGGAAACUGAAAUACGUGUUCAAGUUCCACGACUACGAUCUCAAGUUCAAGAGAGACGCUAGGAACGGGAAGCUGCCGAGCCUCAGCGUGAUCGAGCCGAGGUAUUUCGAUGUGGUCGGGUUUCCGGCGAACGACGACCACCCGUCGCACGACGUGGCGAACGGGCAGAAGCUGGUGAAGGAGGUCUACGAGGCGGUUAGGGCGGGCCCGCAGUGGAACGAGACGCUAUUGGUUGUUACGUACGAUGAGCAUGGUGGGUUUUACGACCAUGUGCCGACGCCGUACGUUGAUGUACCGAGCCCGGAUGGGAAUACGGGUCCCGAACCGUAUUUCUUUAAGUUCGACCGGCUUGGUGUUCGUGUGCCUACUAUUAUGGUCUCUCCUUGGAUCAAAAAAGGAACUGUAAUAACAAAGCCGAAAGGGCCGUUUCCGAAUUCCGAGUACGAACACUCGUCAAUUCCGGCAACCAUAAAGAAAAUAUUCAACCUCUCAUCCAAUUUCCUCACUCACCGGGACGCUUGGGCCGGAACAUUUGAGCAAGUUUUCGAUCAAUUAACCUCCCCAAGAACCGAUUGCCCAGAGGUUUUACCUGAUGUGACUCCUUUAAGGAAGACCGAGAUCGAUGAGAAUAGAGACGUGUCAGAGUUUCAGAAUGAGGUGGUUCAAUUGGCCGCAGUUUUAAACGGCGAUCAUUUUUUGACCGGAUUUCGUGAUGAUGAUGUGGCGAAGAAGAUGAAUGUGAAGGAAGCACAUGAAUAUGUAAGAGGUGCCGUUUCGAGAUUUGUAAGAGCGAGUAAAGAGGCUAUCAAAUUGGGUGCAGAUGAGUCCGCCAUUGUGGAUAUGCGGUCUUCUUUAACCACUCGAUCCUCCUCGAUUCAUCACUAGACUCUAAUCCAUCUAUACAUCUCUUCUUUUUUAAUUGUUUUUUUUUUUUUAUUCAUGUCCAUAUAGUAGUAAUUCUUUGGUAGUCCUAUCUUGAAGUGAUGGUUUUGUUUACAUUGUUACAUAAGAAGCUUGAAAUGUUGCGAAUUUUACGCCAACCAUGGAAUAUCAACUCAAUGUCUCACCAUGGUGUUGCAAACGAUGGAAAUUUGAUGAAAAUUUUGAAUUCAUCAAUUUAGAUCGAUCCAUAUAGUUUCGAUUU